GAUGUCGCAGCUGCGCACUGGUGGUGCUGCAGGUGGCGCUCGACGAUGUUGGUCAGGUCCCAGCAAGCUGUUUCUGGCAGGUCUGGUGAAGGGGCAACAGCACAGAUUCCGUCCGAUAAUGGAAGAUCCGGGGAAGGGGCGGCUUCACGAAUUCCGUCCGAGAGCGCGAAGCUUUCCCGUAGACCAGCCACUGGUACGCCGGCCGCGAAAACAGCGACGUACUGCAAGACGAAAAGACAGGUGGCGCUCGACGAUGUUGGUCAGGUCCCAGCAAGCUGUUUCUGGCAGGUCUGGUGAAGGGGCAACAGCACAGAUUCCGUCCGAUAAUGGAAGAUCCGGGGAAGGGGCGGCUUCACGAAUUCCGUCCGAGAGCGCGAAGCUUUCCCGUAGACCAGCCACUGGUACGCCGGCCGCGAAAACAGCGACGUACUGCAAGACGAAAAGACAGGUGGCGCUCGACGAUGUUGGUCAGGUCCCAGCAAGCUGUUUCUGGCAGGUCUGGUGAAGGGGCAACAGCACAGAUUCCGUCCGAUAAUGGAAGAUCCGGGGAAGGGGCGGCUUCACGAAUUCCGUCCGAGAGCGCGAAGCUUUCCCGUAGACCAGCCACUGGUACGCCGGCCGCGAAAACAGCGACGUACUGCAAGACGAAAAGACAGGUGCGUAAGCCUUUGGCUGUUCUUUCCAUCGCGCUUCCGU